UAGCCACUUCUUCACAUAUUGAACUUCUUCUUGUCUUCUUUCUUAGACAGAGAAGGGAAUGUAUGUCAAAGGAAUUAAAGAUAAUUUAUUAAUCCUAAAAUGUUUAGUAUUCAGUCAUUUGUUUGUUCUAAUGUUAAAUACUUAUGUAAGUAUUUUCUUCUGUCCCUACACAGAAAGUUAAAAAUGCAUCUAGAAGUUGUGAUCUUCGCCCUGUCAUUCUUGACAACUUCAGCAUACCGACUUCCCCGUUACACCAGGGAGGCAACCUGGACUGAUUCAAAGGCCAACCAGGCUCAUGACAAGACAGAACCCAAAACAUAUGUGGAUAGAAUCUACAAGACCAACAUUGAGAGCAGUGACCUUUACGACCCAGAGGAUCACAGCCCUGCGGCAGAGGAGAUGAAACGCAAACUCAACAUGGAGUCGGAGCGUCUGCGUAUGCGUCUGCACCAAGAACUGGCCGAGCUACAAGAGAGGUUGUCCCCAUCUCCCGCCCACCUCAGCUCCACUCUGGCCACCAUGAGGGAGCGUUUGGCUCCCCUCACCCAGCAGCUCCAGAGCUCUCUCAGCAGCAACACCAAAGACUUGUGUGGCCAGCUGAGCCUCUAUCUGCAGGGCCUGGAGACAGCAGAGGUCCAGGCAGAGGCCAAUCCGGCUCUGUACCAGGAAGCCUUCCACUGGAUGAGCCAAACACUGGAGCACAGCAGCUCCAGGGUGGCCGUCCUCAUUAGCGACUUCCAUACUAAAUCCGUCAGGGUGAUUGAACAUCUGAAAGAGAUCAGUGCUAGUGAGCAAGAGGCAGCUAAGUCAGAGCACUGGCAGGAAAUUAGUUCCAGGUUGGGACAGGAAGUGAGUUCGCUGAGGAUGGAGGUACAGAAGAGGAGUGGGGCUCUUAAAGCAGAGCUUGCUGCUCUGCUAGAAACUGCACGGCCUGGUAAGGCUGAAGUCGCAGCCAGUAUGGUGCGGUUCUGCCAAAAUGCAGCCCUGCAGAGCCAAGUUUUUCAGGUCCGAAUGGAGAGGCUGUUUCAGGGGCUUGAAGAGGAGUUGGAGGUCCAGGGACCCUCAAGCCUGUCUCCUGCUUCUGCUUCCUCCUUGCAGGAGGAUUUCUCAGUUAAACUUUCUGCUCUGAUCCAAGACAUUAUGCACUCAGUGCAGUGACAGAGACAAUUGUACAUUUUUGCACAAAACUACCAGUUAACUGUUCUAUAGUCCUAUUAAAGUGUAUAAUUUGACAUGUAUCCACGUGCAUACGUUUGGUCUGCUGUUUGCUAUUGUACCAGCAAAGUAAGUAGCCUGUAAAUAUGAUGUGUUUGCUUUUGAUUGAUGUACUGUAUUUCUUUCAUUCUGCAUGUGAAUAAGUGUGUAAAUAUCAGUAUAUGUUUACAGUGCAUGUAAUAUCAACCACAGAGUGCUGCGCCAACCAGAAUUCAAACUUUAUUUUUGAAUAUGUACAGAACAGAUCUGACUUAUAUACUGCAGAUUAUGCAGUAUGUGCAUUGUGCUAAAUAUAUAGAAAUAUGUAAAUAACUGUUUUAAGCACGGGGAUUCUGUACAUGAUACCCAACAUUUGGUAAGACUGUCAGUUGGCAUACUUGCGAGCCAUUAUCAAAGCAAAUCUAUGAUAACAUACCACAUUAAAAUGUUCUUUAAAUGCU